AUGACUGACCAUGCUACAUCCACAAGUUGCCCUGAUCGGGCCAAGAUAACCCCCGAGGGUCGGCUCACACUCAAUCGACUCAACGUCUGCGCCAAGAAAGCAAUUGAGCCCUGUGCCAAGGCUGAUCGCACCUUGUCCAAUGCAAUAGCUGCAAUCCACCUCGAGAACUCCAAGAUCAUGAGUCCUGUCUUUGUCCACCCCAACAAACAAGCACCCCACAGGAAUGGGUCGGUCCUUGGGUCAUCAUUGGUAACAGCACCUGCAAGACAGAUAACUGCCCGUUGCGUUGAUCAAAAGACGCCCAUUCAAUCGACUCGCCGGUCCUUACUUCCCUCCUCCCAAUCGAACGACUCGCAGACCAUCGAUUCCUCCAGUAACGAUGCAGGAUUUACCAACUUUUUACUUUUACCGAAGUCUGCCACACCCUCGUCAGUGACACACCAACCCUCUAGUCGCCCCUCCUUGGCUAGCUUCUCCCAGACGAGCAGCACCCGGACAACCGUCCCCCCCAGCGACGCUACAGGUCUCACCAACUUUUUGCUUUUGUCAACUGCUGUCGCUCCUUCCCCGUCAGUCGUUCAAAAACCACCACCCAUCCAUAAGGUAUUCCCCAACAACAUCGCCAAACCAGAGCUUCGCUCUUGGUUACCAGACCUUGCAUUCCACUUCAAGUCAACCCGUCAGCUCGCGUUCGGUCUCUUGCUAUUGACUCAGGACCCGACAUCAUCAUCGCCACCCAUCGCAACGCAGGACAAGGCGCAGGGAUUGGUCCUCACCGAUGGCGAGAUGGUGUGGGUCACUAACAUGAGGGUGGCUACAAAGGAGCACGACAGCCUUCGUUGGUUAGCUGCGCAAGUUGUUACACAAUUCUUAAAGAAGCAACACAAGGAUGCAGGAUCUAUCGAGGAGGUCACGCUGCUGGGUGCUGUUCUAGAGCGCAAGGAUUAUCGUGGAGUCCUGUCGGCCCUCAUUGGUCAACUGGAGCGCGAAAAAUUGACGGACGUCGAUCUGCUACAGGCCUUGGUCCAGUUUCUUCAAUCGGCCCCACCGAAGCAUCUUGUCGACGAUGACUUUGUCAGGAUCUUGCGAGUCCUACGAGGACGCCUGAAGGACACGCAUAAGGCGUUAAACGACAAGAGGCAGCCAGGAUCCGAUCACGUUUACCACCUGUCCACCGCUAUCGCCCGGAUCCUUGAUGCGAUGAUUGCAGGCAAGAUUCAUGGACUCGAUCGUGCAGAGGAUCACCUGCCCCUCCUGGAUCUGUUAGUGGAGUUGAAAGAAAGUGUUGAUCCGUACCUCAAAUUCCAGGCAACAUACGCCUGGCAGGCUCUUCAGUACGUGGGAGACGACGAGACACCUCUACAUGCUGUUCUGAGAUUUGGAGGAGGCGUGACCAAGGCUGCCCUGGGAGUCGCCAGCGUUUUCAAGUUGGAUCCUGAGCAUCUCUUCAACGGCCUUUAUGAAUUGGGACUGGCAGCAGGACAAGUAUACGACGUCGUCAAGGCCGGAGUGGAGGGAGCGCAGGCAUUUCGAACUGGAGGAGAAGGAGUUGUUGACAGCAUGCUGAAGGGGUUCCGAUCUGGGGCCAAGAAAGCGUGGUACCCAGCUCUCCAAGGUGCACGCGUGUUUGUCCGAGAGGGUCGACUUGCCGAUUUCGAGCGUGUGAUCUAUGAGGCGCCUUGCUGUCGGGAACCAGAAUUCCAGAUGGGUGUCUGUCAGUUGCUGGGGGAGUUGGCCGUGGAUCCGAUUUGGGAGUUGAAGACCCGCCAACAAGCAGUCAACCUUCUGAGACAGCUGUACACGAGUGACCCAACGUGGGUCGUCGAUACUGGUGUCAAAGUCGGCAUCCUCGGAAUCCUCCUCUGCCUUUCCAUGACUGAGGACAACACCAUCCAGUUGCAGUCUGCCGUUAUAUUCGAGGAUCUGGCGCAUGAUAGGGUUGGCGCCCCUCCCGGUCCUUACCCGUUGGCUUUUCGUCUGCCGAUACCAACAGCAUCCCCUCUUCUGGACAAGACUCUCAAGAUCCAAUCAAUCGAGCGCAACUUGCUGCAGAUGAAGACUCUUCGUCUUGCGCAUCACGAUAAAACCAUAUACAUUCCUCCUCUUGCCAAAGCCAACCCUCAGACACCCGAAGAGGAGGCGACACCACUGAUGGAUCAAGUCACGGAGUUUCUGGACAGUGAACGACAGGUGUUUUUGGUUAUCGGUGAUUCAGGAUCUGGGAAAUCGACCUUCAACCUCCACCUCGAACAUUCUCUCUGGAAGGCGUACGAGCAAGGCGACCCUCGCAUACCACUCUACAUCCACCUCCCUACUCUUCGAUCCUUAACAUCGAUGAUCGACGAACAGCUCAUGAAGUACCACUUUGACAUGUCGACUAUCCAAGAGCUGAAACUGACGGGUCGGGAGUUUAUUGUCAUCUGUGAUGGCUACGAUGAGGCUCGAUUGAUUACCAAUCUGCAUUCGGGUAACGGGUGGAACCGGCCGUUUGGGUGGAACACAAAGAUGAUUGUGAGCUGCAGGAGCACGCAUCUGGGAAGGGAGUAUCAUACACGGUUUCAACCAAUGCCGAGUAGUCCGUAUCAUGCCCCUCUGCUGCAUUUGUUUCAGGAGGCUGUGAUUGUUCCAUUCUCGCAGGGUCAGGUCAAGGAGUAUGUGGAGCAGUUUGUGCAGGACCCGACGAUGCAUGGGCUGUUUUGUAGGAAGGAGGUGCAGUGGAGUGCGGAGAAGUACCUAGAUAUGAUUGAACGGAUCCCGAACCUGGCCGAGUUGGUCAGGAACCCGUUCCUGUUGACACUUGCUUUGAGAGCUUUGCCGGAUGUUGUUAUGAAUGGCGGAGAAGGAGGAGCUGAUUCCACAACGACGGAUGAGACCGUGACGGCGGACGUUGCCGAGAUGACUCGAUCACAGCUCUAUAAAUCCUUUGUCAGCCAAUGGCUGGAUAUUAACAAACGCCGCCUCACCACAUCCCUCACCCUCCAAUGCCCCACCGCCGCCGACACCCCCACCACCACCACCCCAACCGCUGCAUCAACCCUCCAAGACCUAAUCGACGAAGGCUUCCAAGAAAUCGCCCUCGACUUUCUCCAAUCCCUUGCCGCCGCAAUCUACAAGUACCAGCGCGGGAAACCCAUCGUCGAGUACUGGCACCGCUCCGACAAAACUACCUGGAAGGCGGACUUUUUCGGACCCGAGUUGGAUAUCACGCUGUUGAGGGAGUCUAGUCCGUUGACAAAGGUGGAAAACUUUCAUUUUUUUAUCCAUCGGUCGUUGAUGGAGUAUUUUUAUUCCUGUCAUCUGGCAAGGACGACGAGACCGCGGUAUGGGUUCAAGAAGCCUGGGCCAGCAGUGGCUUUGCCAACCAUGUUCGCCCACGAGAAUUUCUCGUCCAGCGCUACUCUCAACAGUUACUACGACAUUAGCGAGGACAUUUCCCGAUCUUGGCUCAACCGGCAUUACGCUACUCAAUGGGAAGAAGAUGCUCUGUUGGAGUACAACCCUUCCCCAUUCCAACACCAAUCCCAACCUCACCCUCCUCAUCCUUAUCCUUCCGAACCCCUGUUCCAACCACCGCCAAUGCAGUAUGAGCAGCAGUAUGAGCAGCAUUACCCAUUUUAUGCCGUGCCCGAUUCCUACCAACAUUAUCCCAGCGUCAUCGGUGGUAGUAGACUCGAGAAACUUCAACAUACCAAAUCCAAGUCCGAACUCGAAUCCGAGGCAGGGCCGUGCUUUGAUGAUGGGUUGAUGGAGAAUGUGGACCUGGAGGAGGAACCAGAGAUUUUGCAGUUCCUGGUUGAGCGCGCAAGGGAGGAUGAGAAGUACCGGGGCAUGCUUCGGGGCUAUGUUGGUGUUGAUGUGACGAAGCUCGCCACCCCCAAGGCUUUGCGUAACGCAAAGAGGAUUUUGGAGUUGGUUGAUGUUUGA